AUGUUGAACUCAUUAGCUCUCGCCGCCCUUUCGAACGUCGCCGCUCUUUACGGUACCAAUGCUCAGUCACUCAACAAGUGCUACGAAGCAUGGACCAAAACUGCGGGCACUUUGCUCUUUGGAUCCUUCUCUGAACCGAUGGCGGGGACUGCCAUUCUUACUACAGGUGCCCUUCUUGGUGGGACUUUCGACCGACGAAAACAAUGUCCAGAUUAUUUCACUGCCCUCCAAUUCUCUCCGAUGUCUCCCUCGCUACAGCAUCCCACCUCUUUGGUGGAGACUGUCUUUGACGAGGCUCGUGUCUGUGAAAAGAUUAGGAUAUGUGGUCCACAUGGCAAUAUCUGCGAAUAUCGACCUGUGCUGAUGGCCGAUGUCUUUUGUUUCCCGCUCGGCGAGCGCAUAGUCGGGCAGGGCGGUACAUUUGGAUGGACGGACGGCGCUGUGAUGGCGGAGGAGGAAAGUGACUGGUAUGACUCGAAUAAGAUCGGGCAGCGACUCUCCGAGGCGGAAAGGAGGAAUAAGAUCGCGAAGCCUGAGAGGAAAGAGAAGAGACUCAACGCACGCCUUCUGCCAAAGCCUUCGAAUCAAAGCACCAUGGUAUUUGACAAGAUCCACGUCUCGUCAGAGGAAAUCUUCGCCAGAGAGCUUUGGAUGAUCGGCAACUACGCUCUAGUGACGGCUACUACGCUGUGGCUGGUUGACUUUGUGGCAACCCUUCCCGCUGAAGUGUCCGUUGUCUGGUCCCACAAACCCAAUUUCUGCUCCAUCGUCUUCCUCCUCAAUCGAUAUAUGUUUCUCAUGUAUCUAUCACUCUGGUGCAUAGCCACUCUUCCUGGCGAUAGCUCAGAUCAUACGUGA